CCGCUCCACCGGUUUAACACAGGCUACGUGCAGGCAAGCAAACAGCACCAUCCGCCGCCGAAGAAGCCAAGUCCCGGGUCGUACAACUUCAUCGGCGGGCGAGUCAUCUAGGGCAAGAACCAGGACCACAGCCAUGCUCUUCAAAAGCAGGGGGAGAUUACCUUUUCAUUGCCUUUGCCUGUUCUUUUUGAUCCCAGAACUGAUCGAAGCUCAGUAUGAAACAUACAGCUUUAAAAGUUUCCCCCAGAACGACAUCAUGCCUCUGGACUCCGCUUACGGCCAUGCCUUGGAGCAGUACGCGCUGCAGAACUGGAAAGAAAGCAUCAAGUACAUGGAGCUGAGUCUGAGACUGCACCGGCUGCUCAGAGACAGCCAGACCUUCUGCAGUCUCAACUGCACGACUGUCAACAACAACAACAAAGUCAACAACGACACCGCCGUCUACACCGACAGCAGCCUGCGCAUCAUACGACACUUUCUACUCCGAGCUUCGUGUCUUAAAAAGUGCAAGGCUCAGUUCCCCAUAUUUCAAAUCACCUACCCACGGAGAGAUCUGCUGGAAGCUUUCGAGAAGAGGACACCUUACCGGUACAUACAAUACGCAUAUUAUCAGCUGAACCACUUAGAGAAGGCUGUGUCAGCAGCCCACACGUUCCUACAGAAGAACCCAGAUGAACCCUACUUAACCAAGAACAUGGACUACUACAAGACCCUCUUUGAUGUGGAUGAAUACCUUAUUGACCACGAGGAGCAGCCCUAUGAGGGUGUGUUCCUGAAGGCCGUGAAGCUGUACAACAAUGAGGACUUCAGCAGCAGUGCCCGCAACAUGGAGCAAGCCAUCAUAGAGUACUUCAAAAUGUAUGACCUCUGCCUGGCAGGCUGCGAGGGCUCAUACGAGAUCACAGAGUUCAAAGACUUUUAUCCCACUCUGGCAGAUCUCUACAUGGAAGUGCUGAAGUGUCAGGUGAAAUGCGAGGAGGACCUGACGCCCAACGUGGGAGGUUACUUUGUGGAGAAGUUUGUCGCCACAAUGUACCACUACCUCCAGUUUGCCUAUUAUAAAUUGAACGAUGUAAAGAACGCUGCUCCCUGUGCAGCGAGUUACAUGUUGUUUGACCCCAGUGACCAAGUUAUGCAGCAGAACGUGGUGUACUACCGCUUCUACCGAGAGCAGUGGGGGCUGGAGGACAACCACUUCCUACCUCGACCAGAGGCUCUGAAGUAUCACAACCAGACAACCAAGCAGAAGGAGAUGUUGGAGUUUGCACUAAAUUACCUGCAAACAGAUGAUGAGGAUAUAGUGAGUUCAGAAGAAAUGGGUGCCACCCCUGCAGAGCCACCUGAUGCUGAGUUUGAAGGGAUUGGUGACUAUGAGGAGUCCUUCAUGGCUGACUGGUGGCAGGAACCCAAAACCAAGCGGGACACGGGCGAGAUCACCGAGUGACAGCUUCUCUGUCUGUCAGGAGGAACACUUCUUCUUUAUCCAGCUGUCUGCUGCCUCACAGGGAAACCAAAGAACAUUGUCCAACCUGCAGAGACAGAGUUUGUGAAUUCACAGCAAUACCUCGUGGUACCAACACACACUUGCACAAGAGAAGAAGGAUGCUACCCAGCAAACAUGUGCACCAAUCAAAUACAUAGAUUGAAUUAUUCCAUGUAGGCUGGCGUCAGCCUGUUCAAAGCAGUAUUUUUUUGUAAACAGUAGGUUGGCCUGUUCAUUACUGACUUUGUUACAAUCUUUUAUUUAAUGAAAACUGAAUGCCUCUGUGCCUUGGAAUGAGGAGGAUGAUAUGUGUCUUAUGGUGACUGUUGCAGAAACACCCAAACCGAGUGUCUGUCAAGCAUGGAUCAUUUGUUUGUAAUUAAAGAGACCUAUUCUCGAAGAAAACAUUUCCACUGUCCUGAUUUAAAAAAUAUUUUGCAAAUUCAUAAAAGUAAU